CCAGAAAGUCAUGUGACCUCCUCCCGCCUUUAAACCGCCUGUAGUCCCCUCCGGAGAGAGAGCGACCCGAGGAGUCACAGCGACAGCCGUCCGAGGAGAAGCUGAGGAUUGUGGGAGUUGCAGACGGUCUUCUUCUUCUUCUUCUUCUUCUUCUUCUUCUUCUUCUCGUCCUCCUGUGGGACGGCAGGAUGUUUGGCUCUGUGCUGCUCUGCUGUCUGUCCUUCAGUCUGCGUCUCUCGUCCUCAUUGGUUCAUGGAAACAUCCAGAUGGACGACGCGCCCUACCUGUCUGACAACGCAGAGAGAAGCCACGCCCCCAGCCCCGUGCACGACCCCGCCCUCUUAGCCCUGGACCCAAUGGAGGAUCGCUUCCUGAUGGACUCAGUGUCCUACGACGAGGACUCCUCGGCCGCCCUGCAGCUGCAGGGUCGGGCCAUGCGCUCGCCGCGGCGCUGCAUCCCCCACCAGCAGUCAUGUCUGGGUUACCCGCUGCCCUGCUGCGACCCCUGUGACACCUGCUACUGCCGCUUCUUCAACGCCAUCUGCUACUGCCGCCGGGUCGGACACGCCUGCCCCCCCCGGCGCACCUGAGACGCACAAACGCGCCUUCGCUUACUUGUUGCAUAUUAUUGUUGCUUUUUGUGUAGUAAACGACUGCUGAGGAAACAA